AUGACGCGCCACCAGAACAAGUGCGCCGAGAAGCAGGCGCACGACAUUGCGGAGGCCAAGAAGCCGCGCUGCUACCGCUUCAGCAUCGUGGACGAGGGCGUGUUCGAGAACGUGCUCAAGUUCCUGGGCAACCAGACGCUCACCAAGCUGCAGAUGCUCACGGGCGACCGCUACGACCAGUGCGAGCCGGAGCUAGCCAAGUACUGCUGCAAGUGUGAGAACGACAACCCCGUGAUCCUGCACGGCCUCUGUCGCGAGUGCGAGUCCGAGCGGUCCGAUUACAUGCCGCGCACCACGAAGGAGGUGGCCAAGCUCCACUACGGCGUGCGGGACAAGGACUUCCGCUUCAUCCCGUGCGAGGUGCGCAAGCACUACACGCUCUUCGACCGCGUCACGCUGGAGAGCCACAUGAUCCGCACCUGCGGCUCCAAGAUGGACUGGGUCAGGGACAUUGCCAAGCGGGACACGAGGAAGAAGAGGCUCCACGCCACGCUGCACAAGAAGGAGGAGGAGACGAAGGUCUACCUUGAAAGUCUGGCUCCGGGCUUUGCGUCGUAUGUUGGAGGUGUUGGCUGUAAGAAGACGGACAAAGAGGAGCUGCAGCAGUGCAGCCAGCGCUAUGUUGCGCUGACAGAAGCGCUGAAGGCGCGUGGACUGAAGCUGCGGGCUGACUCACCACUCUGCAGAGAUUUUAUCACGUCGGGCUAUGGACAGAUCGAGCGGGUGGUGGACACCAUGGAGGAGAUGAACUUCCUGUUCACGCACACGAGCUACGCGCGGCGGUGUAACAGCAAGAUCGACAACGGAGCCAAGAUGGAGCUGUGCAUUGAGUAUCUGGAGGACAACAAGGGACUCACGCUUCCGCGCGAAUGGGAGAGCUACCGCCAACGCUUCGAUGCCGUGAAGAUGUCUGGAGCGAUCCCGAAGACGAAGAUGCACAAGAUUUACGGAGCGUAA